UCUGUUCACAUUACAGAGGCAGGAAGGAAAAAGGAAAGGAAACUCUAUCUUGAUACUUUUCCUAUAACCUCGCACACAGAUGUGGUGUUGAAGAGUUAACCCUUGCUGGACCGCAGACAUUGCCAGGAUGGACCACCUCGGCAAAAGAAAACUCUCCAGGGAGCAAAAUCUCCCCGACUGUUUUAAGCAGUCUCGCAGUGAAUCGGUUAGCAUGGACGAAAUGCCGGAAAAUUCCGUGAGAUCAUUAAGUACCGAAAACUCUAGUGUAGACGUAACCGGCCAAACAUUGGGUUCUAUGAAAGAAGGUUCUAGAGAUGUGUCAGGCAGAGAUCCUUCCCGUUUUAAUGGAGCUGCAGAGUCGACUACUUUUAUAAAGCGAUCUUCAAGCAUAGCAGAAAACGAAUACGAAUCUGAGUUUUCUGAUGAUGAAAAAUCAAAUUCGAAAAAUUUUGAUCUUGACGACACAAACGAAGAGGAUGAUGUAAAAAUGUCUUGCGCCUUUUCUGGUAAUUCUAAAAUUUCCAGUUCGCCGUGUGACGUCAAUGAGGAGAAAUCUAUGUCUAUAUACACGCAUACACUUCCGUUUCUUGGCAAACCACACAGCGCUGGCGGUAAUAACUUUGGUAGUGGCGUCGACAUAUCGCCUGACCAGAGCGGGGCUCCGUCCUCCUGCAUGUUCCAGCAGAGAGGCCCCUCCCUCACGCAGAGCAGCCGGGACGAUCCUUCCACGGCGUCCAUUUUAAACUUCCUGGACGGAGACUCCAGCUGCCAGCCCUCCAACCGAGACCACAACCCGUCCCCAAACAUGUUCACCCACGGGAUCAACCCCACCCAUGACCAGCUCCUACAGGCGGACAUGUUGGAACCACCUGACCUACUUUACCAAGGCUCGCCGAUGACGUCACCGCUGAAUAAACACGACGAAGACCACUCCUUCCCAGGAUCCUCUUCCCCAGAUGGCCCCCCGCGUAUCUACAAAAUGACCUACGACCUUUCAGACAAUUUAUCCAACGCCGACCUAUGCCAACCAGCCUCAGAAUUUUCCUCCCCUGACAAGGAUCCGAACACGCUUCCAUCAUGCUCAUACCACAACCAACACAGCCUCCCCAGCAUUAUGGCUGAGAGCCAGCAAACCUCGCACCAGCAUACCGCCUUCCUUUUCCACAACGACUCAAGCGCGAUGCCCAACACCAGCAUGAACAUCACGCCGCCUCCAGAAUUCUCCCUGCAAAACCCCACACUGUCUCUGUUUCAAAACGACGUCCUCUCCACGUCGGAGUCUAUUUUAAUGUCGACCUGUUGUACGUCCGCGGCCCCCAGCGUACCAACCUCCCAAAGCUCAAACUCCAGCAAUGCCAACGAGACCUCAGAACCUCACAACUUCCAGACAGCGAGACGAAAAUACGCUUUCAAAAGUAAGUCUAGCGACGAAGACAGGACGCAACACUACCACAACGAGGCGUGGGAAAGUUACAAGAACCAGAUCUGCUUGGCAAGGAAUCAGUUUAGGUCUAAGAGUGUCUCUCAGUACAGCGAGACUGGUGGAGCAUCCACCAAACAACAGAGUGGAUACGGUGGAGGGCUGGCGCAGGACUACGCGUUUGACGGCACUACAUACUGCAGGAGACGAGCUAAGGAAGUUGUGUUGCCCGCAGAUAUGGCGCUAUGGACUACAGAUCAGGUGACCGCCUGGCUGAAGACAGCAAUCAAUCAAUACAACCUGACCGAUAUCGAUCUUGAUCAGUUCUCUGACGUGGACGGGGCCCAGCUGUACCGAAUGACGUCAGAGGACAUGUACAAGCUGACGGGGCCCCACAACGCCCAGGUCCUGAUCACCUACCUGACGUUUCUCAAGAAAUCCGCCAGGACUAACAGAGUGACGUCACGAGGCAGCCACCCCGAGGGUCCACCUAACGGUUCUGCUGACGUCACCAGCGCCCUCAUUCCACCGCUGAUUGACACCUCCUGUGAUGUCAGCGGGACGCAGAACUUUGUAGGACACCCGUCUGCCUACUCCCCGUCAUUCUCGGCACUCGGCAAGUCGGCAUUCGAACCCGGACUCCACAGCGCACAAUGGAGGGCUGCCAGUCAAGCCUACGGUCAGACUUUCUCCGCCAUGGGUAAGCCUGCGUUUGAUGCCAAUCUUCAUACAGCUUCACAAUGGAGGACUCCGCAAGGUCAGUCUAUAGAUCUUUACCAGCUACUCGGACCCAUCUCUACCAGACUCUCUACUUCAGGCUCUGGGCAGAUCCAACUCUGGCAGUUCCUUCUGGAGCUUCUCUCCGACUCGGCCAACGCCGCCUGCAUCACGUGGGAGGGCACCAACGGCGAGUUCAAGCUGGUGGACCCUGACGAGGUGGCCAGGAGGUGGGGGGAGAGAAAAUCUAAGCCCAACAUGAACUACGACAAGCUGAGCCGGGCGCUCAGGUACUACUACGACAAGAACAUCAUGACCAAGGUCCACGGCAAGAGAUACGCCUACAAGUUCGACUUCGCCGGGCUGGAUCAGUUGCUCCACUCUGCCAGUGCCGACUCCACCUUCAAGUUCCACCAGGACGUGUUCGGUUUCCAGAGCUACGGCCCGCACAAGUACUUCCGGCCGGCGCCCCACCCAAUGGCGUCACCUUCCGCAUCCGGGCUCUUCCCUCCCCCGGGUUGCUACUGGUCAAGCCACGGCAACGGGUUUUUGACAGGUAUUGGCAGUCACAUGAUGAGCUCUCACCAUUCAGCGCAUCUCACGUCCAUAGGGUACCCGUAUACCUAGACGUGACGUCCGCAGGGUACCCUAACUCCUACACGUGACGUCUAUUGGGUACCCCUACACAUAGAAGCGACAUCAGUAUGGUACCCAAUCACCAAUGACGUACAUAUGAUUCUUCUAUAACAAGGCCUGACGUUCAUAGGACACCACACACCUAGUUAUGGCGAUGAUAGGGUACCCAUACACCUAGACAUGGCACCUAUAGGGUACCCGUAUUUUUAGACACCACGCCCAUAGGGUACCCAUAAACCUAGACAUGGCAUCUAUAGGUUACCCAUAUAUUUAGUCACGACGCCCACAGGGUACCCAUUAACCUAGAUUUUAGCCAGCGUUUUAAAAUGAUUAACUAGAGACUGCAAACAUACUUGCACUGCUGAUAAACAGAAAGGACUGUUGAAAAAAAAAAUGAAAUCAUUGUCAUUGAAAGUAUUGUGAUGAUAAUAACAAUGUCAAUGAUAAUUUUGAUUUUUAAUAAUAAUAAUAAUCAACAAACGCCCAUAGAAUAUUGAUGUAUUAUUUUCACUGGUUUUACAAAAUUGUAAAACCAACAAAUAAACAAAUAAAUAAACAAACUCUACAUGUUUACUCGAAGACUG